UCUUAAGUUUUCUUAUCAUUUCGUUGAUAACGGAACAAUAAAUUUACUUAGUCUCAUUCAAACUUUUUACCCACUACUAAAGCUACUUGUUUAUUGAAAAAAUAUUUCUAACUAACAACUAUUUUACCUAAGAAAUAUCAUUGAAAAAAUCCUUGUAAAACAAUUUCUAAUGGAUUCUCAAAAAAAUUUAAAAACCGAUUCUGUGUUGAAAACGAGUAACUCAUCGAAUGUAUGGAAGUUAUAUAUGAAAGACAUUCUGCAAUGGAAAAAUCCUUCAGUGACAACGGCUAUAUUUGUCGCUGUUAAUAUUCUAUUCAUUUUUUUUCAUAUUCUUCAUUUUUCGCUUUUAAACAUUUUGUGCCUGGGAUGUCUCGCUGCUUUGAUGCUUGGUUUUGCGGUUUCGAUAAUAAUUGAUGUUGGACCUGCCGACACAAAGCCACUACCUUUUAUAAGUCAAAAAACAAUUGAAGAGUACAUGGUUUUGGCAUAUGAAAUGAUUAACGCAGGAGCAUUGAAAGCACAUCAUGUACUUACUUGGAGAGAUCGUACACAGUCGUUGAAUGUUUCUUUUGCCCUUGCUUUGCUCACAUACAUUUCAUCUAAAUUGUCAUUUUAUUAUAUUGCAGUUUUGAGUAUAAAUUUAUUGCUGUGCUGGAAGCACGUGCAUAAUUUUUAUACUGCAUUCAUCGAAUCGCAUUACGAUGACGUAAAACAAUCAAUGUAUAAACGUUUCCAUACAGUCUACUCAAAAUGUGUAAUUUAAAAAAAUUUGUUCGUGUUGGCUUGUUUUUGCCAAUACCUUUUUAUUGAUUGUUUGUGUUUCGUAUGUAGUUUUUUAUGCAGUCUUAGUUUGUAGACAUUAUUCUAUAGCAUAUGUUCCGCUUAUAUUAUCCCGUGUUUUUUUCUUUACUAGUUAUUACGUGUCAAAAAAAUGUUUUUUUUCUUCGUUUUUUCUGUUUCAGUAGAAUAAAAAACAAGUGUUUUUAAAAUGACAAUGUAUGCUUUGCUUUUACUGAAGUAU